UCAGGAGAGAGAAAGACGGCCACAAAGCUUAGAGAAAAUGAAACUUUUUCCUUUUCUUAGUAGAUGUAAUCUUUCCAUUAUUAUGUUUUAAUAGUUUUUCUAUUUCCUGUUGGAUUAGGAUAUGUACACUUUCCUUUUAUCUUCAUCCUGUAAUCCUUAUAUAAAGGAACCCCCUUGAUCAUUAAUAAGAACACAGAAAUAUUCAGUCUCUAAACUCUCUAAUUAUAACACGUUAUCAGCACGAUAGACUCCAAAACCCUGAGACAAAACCUAACCUAAAAUCCGUCACACAUAAACCCUAAUCCAGGCGCAACUUAAGAUCGAUCUAUCUCUCAAACCCGGAGGAAUCAGACGACGAGCCACAUAUCAAAUUGAAGCCCUUGACGAGACGAAUCCAUCAGCGCAAACCGUUCGUCGAUCCGAUCCCAGACGCACCCUUACUCGCAGAAACAGUACACGGCGCCGCCUUGGUCUUUUGGAAUCCUAACCCCGAAGAACCCUAAAUUGUUCUUGCUUGCGUUCCAGCUCAUCAGCAUCCGAUCAGCUCCAGCCCCAAGGUGUUCAUGAUCCUAGACGACCUCAGAUUCCAGUUUGUAUCACGGUUAGCUUGAGUUCCUAAUCAACCAACUCGAGACCCGAUAGGUAGAAGACAGCUCGCGUCCGCGUCGCAGCUCGCGUCCGAGGUUCAUCCAUUCAUCUUGGAGGUCCGGUUUCUACAACUUGCAAAACAAAGAUAAUCCUAAAUUCUGAGAACAUGAAUCAAACCUGAUUGUUUGUAAAGAUUGAAACCCUAAAAACUAAUCUCUAAGAUGAAAGCCUUAAGGCAAAUAGAUCAAACCCUAAAAGAGUAAAUCGGAGUUCGAAUAAGUCCGGUCCCCUAAACCAUAAUUCGAGAUUUAUCCAUUGAUCAAUUAAAAUCAAAGUCUUAAUGAUUUUGAAUCUCAAAUCAAACUCCCUUGAUCAAAGAUCAAAAUUUUUGAAAUCCCCUGAAACCCUAAUUUGGAAAAACGAUUUUAAAAUUGUUUGAUUUGAAAUUUGAUUGUUUAUUUGAUCACCUAGAGAUAUUGAUAGGAUUGUUUAAACUCGAAUCUGUAUUGCUUGACAUGUUUAAACUAAAAAUCCUAAUUAAAUUUGAUAAAGAUCUUGAUUAUAUCAUCUCAUGGCCGUGUGGCCUUAUUGCUUUCAUAAUCAAAUUUGAUCAUACCUGAUUGAUUGCAAUUGAACCUAGAUAUUACUCUAAGGAUGACAUUGAAUUGAACUAAAUAGCCGUGUGGCUCCUACUUGGCCGUAAGACAUAUACCUUGGCCGUGAGGCAUUGUUUGAAAGUUUAAAUGUUUAAAACUCUAAAUCUCGUUUUAAAUCUUAAAAGGCCUUGAAACCUUAAUCUUAAAACCGAAUCCUACUAGUGUUUAAAUCAGAAACCCUAGGAUUGAUUAAUGAUUUCUUGCAUACAUAUGGAUCUGAAUAUGGAUUGCAUUCAUACUGUUUAAAUAAGAAUCGACCAGCAUGUAGUUUAUACAAUCUUGAAACCGGUUGCAUUAGAUAUAACUGCAUGGCCGAGUGGCUUGAUGAAUUGAUCGCACCAUGGUCGUUUCUAGAUUGAUUGUUUUUCAUAAAUGCGUAAGACAUGUUUGUUGCCGAGCUUGUUAAUAUAUCUUGCGGCCGCAUGAUCACAUUGUGAAACUCAAUUUUAAAUGAUGAUGUGAUUCAUAUGUCGAAAAUCUCAAACAGAGACUAUGCGGCCCUUAAUCUCUCCGGAGAUAACUACUUGCAGUGGGCGCUAGAUACAAAGAUCAGUCUAAGGUCAAAGGAACUUGGUGAUACUAUCAUCAAGGGCAACAAUGAGACCGAUAAGAAUCGGUACAUGGCUAUAAGUAUUAUACAGCAUCACCUCAUUGAAGGUCUAAAAGAUCAGUACAUCACAAUGGAAAAUCCACUAGAACUUUGGGAUGCUUUACAGCAUAGAUAUGAUCACCAGAAAACGGUGUUACUUCCAAAGGCUAGAAAUGACUGGAAGAAUCUCAGAUUCUUGGAUUAUAAGUCGGUGGAUGAGUACAAUUCAGUCUUAUUUAAGACAGUCUCGAUGCUGAGACUUUGUGGUGAAGUAGUAACCGAAGAAGAGUUACUUGAGAAGACUUACUCUACAUUCCAUUCAUCGAAUGUGAUACUGCAACAGCAGUACAGAAUGAAAGGCUUCGCCACAUAUACUGAUCUGAUCUCGUGCCUACUUCUGGCCGAGGCAAACAAUGAGCUCCUGAUGAAGAACAGUGAAGCUAGACCUGUUGGAACAGCACCAUUACCGGAGGCUAAUGAGGUUGAAAGGAAAGAUCCCAACGAGUGUAAUUAUGUCCAAAAUGACAAGAGAUCACACGGCAAAGGCCGAGGUGGAUACAAGGGACAUGGCCGUGACAAUUACUCGAACAGCCGAGACAACUACUCGACCGACCGGAAAGGAAACCACAAUAACCGUGGUCGUGGUUCCAAUUAUGGUCGUGGCCGAGGUAGUUAUGGCCGUGGUCGAGGUGGCAUAUCCAAACCGUCUUACUCGACCAAAUCCGUUUGUCACAGAUGUGGAAUGGGAAACCAUUGGGCCAAGAACUGUAGAACCCCUAAGCACUUAUGUGAGCUCUACCAAGAAAGUCUUAAGAACAAGAACCCUGAGGCUCACAUGGUUCACGAUUCCGGAUAUGAGGCCGAUAAUGAUUCCGACAUUGCUAAAAAUGACCAGAUGGACUUUGAGACUUCUGAUUGUCUCAAAGACUAAAUUUUCGAUACGACUUGUCUUAUUGCUUUAUGAUUUGCUUUUAACCUACUUGAUGAUUCACGAUUUAUAUAUAUAUAUAUAAAAGAGUUUGCUUUGAUUUAAUUAUAUCUGCCUGAUCGUACUUGAACAUAUGAAUGUUUUUACUAAUAAAUAAUUGCCUAAAGGGCAUAAUAUCCAAGUAAGAAAUCGUGAAAGUAGUAUAGUGAGCCUAGUAAAGAAACUAUGGCUAAGGCAUUGUCUAAAGGACAUUAGAUACACCCAAUAAUAUGUGACCCAUUGAGUUAUGAUAAUAUGGUUUCUAAAUAGAAACAAUGGGCAAACAAAAGGAAACAAGUUCCUUCAGAUUUUGAAAGAUAAAUCGCCUAAGACCUUAUAAGAAAGUGGUCGAGACUAUACCUAAUGAUCUCUACUGAUUUAAACUAUGCUAUAAGAUCAGUAUGAUGAGAGGCAAGAACCGUGGUGACCAUAUUGAG